GAGAACGUCACGUACGCGUAAAUCAGCUGGUCGCUACUCCGCCGAUGUCAACAAACCGAUCCGCCACAAAAACCGAUCUUGCACAAUAUUGCGCCAUUUUUUAACGACAUUUUUAGUUGUCCAAGUGUACAUAUUUUCACCCGUGUUGAUUGGCAGUAUCACCGAGGAACCACUGGGCUAUAUUAGAAAGUUUCCAAUAGUCGCAAUCAAACUCCAGCAUCAACAGUUAUCCUCCAGCUCAGCUAGCCAUCCACCUCGCAGCCGUUCAUUCUUCAUUCUUGCGAACCUACCUACCUACCAAUCAGUAUGCUUAGCGGUCUUGCCGAGUACAUCUUUGGCAGUGCUGCCACCGGAGAGGCGGAGCCUACGUCCGCCGAGGGGGCGGGCACGAGACCGAGCGCUAGCAUGCAGCUCACCUACGCGGAGGAUGACUGGGUGCUCGUCGAUGUCACCAAUAGCCCCAAGCGAGCUAAGGAGUCCCACCCGAGUCACGGAACCCCACCCCUAGGGAUCCCCAUCCCCCCUCAGCUGGAGGAGAGCUGGCUGGUUACCCCUCCCCCGUGCUUCACCGCCGGGGGCAGAUCCCCCCAGGAACUUGCCACGAGUCCCAUGGAGAACCUUCUCAUUGAGCACCCGAGCAUGUCUGUGUACGGACCCCGUAACGGUGGCAACCACACCACGGUAAUGCGAGCCAGAAGGACCAAUCAGCACGAAGCGAACGCGAGUCAGGUUGCCAAGCGGCCCAAGCCGCGGAACCUGCGGGUGCGCAACGCUGAGCCCCCGCGCCGGGCCGCCGCCGUGGCCGCCCGGCUGGGUCUGGAGAACCCGCCGAACUUGGCAGCUAUCCAAGAGGCGGAGACCAUGCAGCGAGAGAAGAGGGGGUCACUCAGCAGGUCAAAGGUCGAGCGGCACAAUAAGGCCUACCACCAGCAGAGUCGCUCUGGAAAGCGCCACUAUCGUCAGAACGUGUCCGGACGGCACUCCCGUGUCACCUACAAGCAAUGCUAGUGAUCAACACAAAAUCCUUACGCCUCUUCGCACUGGGGAAAAAAAUUCAAGUUUCAAACCUAAAAUCUCUGAUCUACACUUUCUGGUGAAGUCUCAAUUUCAUGUCAUAUUUCUCUUUAAAAAAAACAAUAAAACAAAGUUGUAAGGAUUUUCUAAGCAUGUGUCAUCACAAUCUUUUCCAAACCAAAAAAAAAAAUUUGAAAUUGUUUCAAAAGAAAUUUUAUUUAGAAAUAUUAGAAGAUCGAUGGUUCAUCCAGGGUAACCCUUAGAUUUUUGUAGAUACAUACUAAUUGCCGGUGGAGUGUGGUGAUGUUUUUAACUGUUUAUAUUCCAAAAAAUCGAUAAAUUCACUUAAUAUAUGCCAUAUUUAUUAUCAGAUUUAUAUUUUAGUCAUAUUGCUAGUUUUAGUCAUGUAAGUAGCUAGUAGUUUUAGAGAACAAAAAAUGAAAGAAUCCAAGGGCAUUAAUGGAUAGUUUUUGUGUCAAAUUUAGAGAAACACAUUUGUUAAGCUCUAAUAAUGAAAAUUCAGACAAAGACGUAUUAAUAGAAUGGAAAGUUGUUCAUGAAAUAAGG